CAACCCGCAGGAGGCGUACCGCAGCCGUCGUACCUGGGAGCUGGUGCGCAGCCUGUUGGUGCUGCGUCUGUGCGCCUCGCCCGCGCUGCUGGCGCGCCACGAACAGCUGCUCCAUGUGGCCAGACGACUGCUGGGCCAGAGGCUGUUUGACAGACUCAUGAAGAUGACAUUCUACGGGCAGUUUGUGGCUGGUGAGGACCAGGAGUCCAUCCGGCCCCUGAUCCAACACAACAAGGCCUUUGGGGUGGGCUCCAUCUUGGACUACGGCGUGGAGGAGGACCUGAGCCAUGCGGAGGCUGCACAGAAAGAAAUGGAGUCCUGCACCUCAGCAGCGGAGAGAGAUGGCAGUGGUCUGAGUAAGCGGGAGAAGCAGUACCAGGCCCACAGGGCCUUUGGGGACCGCAGGGACGGCGUCAUUAGUGCCCGCACCUACUUCUAUGCCAACGAAGCCAAGUGUGAUGGGCACAUGGAGACGUUCCUGCGCUGCAUCGAGGCUUCAGGCGGCGCCAGCAAUGACGGCUUCUCAGCCAUCAAACUCACAGCCCUGGGGAGACCCCAGUUUCUGCUGCAGUUCUCAGAGGUGCUGACGAAGUGGCGACAGUUCUUCCACCAAAUGGCUGCCGACCAAGGAAAGGCGGGGCUGGCGGCCAAAGACAUGAAGCUGGAGGUGGUAGCCCUGCAGGAAAGUGUGGCAAAGAUGGGCAUCACCAGCAAAACUGAGAUCAAAGACUGGUUCACAGCUGAGACCCUUGGGGUGUCUGGCACUGUGGACCUGCUGGACUGGAGCAGCCUCAUUGAUGGCAGAACCAAGCUCUCUAAGCACUUGGUGGUCCCAAACCUGGAGACAGGACAGCUGGAGCCACUGCUGUCCCGCUUCACAGAGGAGGAGGAGCAGCAGAUGACGAGGAUGCUGCAGAGGAUGGACAUCCUAGCCAAGAAAGCCACCAAGGUGGGUGUGCGGCUGAUGGUGGAUGCCGAGCAGACUUAUUUCCAGCCCGCCAUCAGCCGCCUGACGCUGGAGAUGCAGCGGAGGUUUAACCGCGAGCAGCCACUCAUCUUCAACACCUACCAGUGCUACCUCCGGGAUGCUUAUGACAACGUGACCCUGGACGUGGAGCUUGCUCGCCGUGAGGGUUGGUGUUUUGGAGCCAAGCUGGUCCGGGGGGCCUACAUGGCCCAGGAACGCACCCGGGCUGCAGAGAUCGGCUACAAGGACCCCAUCAACCCCACAUAUGAGGCCACCAAUGCCAUGUACCACAGGUGCCUCGACUUCGUCCUGGAAGAGCUGAAGCACAAUGCCAAGACCAAGGUCAUGGUGGCAUCUCACAAUGAAGAUACCGUUCGCUUCACGUUGGACAGGAUGGAAGAACUCGGCCUGCAUCCCUCUACACACCAGGUGUACUUUGGACAGCUGUUGGGCAUGUGUGACCAGAUCAGCUUCCCACUGGGCCAGGCAGGCUACCCGGUCUACAAGUACGUGCCCUACGGCCCCGUGAUGGAGGUACUGCCCUACCUGUCUCGCCGGGCCCUGGAGAACAGCGGCAUCAUGAAGGGCGCCAAGCGAGAGCGGCAGCUGCUGUGGCAGGAGCUGAUGCGGAGGCUGAGCACGGGCAGCCUCUCUUACCACCCAGCCUAGAGCCUGUGGGAGACCCCACUCAGUACCGCUGCCUGUCUCACUCCUGGACUCUUCCAAACACCCUCAGGCCAAGGCCGUGAUUUGGAGGCAGGUUCUGGGCUGCAACUUUUCCAACCCCAACCCUCCUGUGUACACCCACAACUUGGCGAACCGCUGGAGGUGGGCCGAGUGGUCUGAGUGGCCCUGGACAUGUACACUUGAAUUCGGACAGGGGCAGUGCCCAACAACCAAUGGGGCUUCACAUUCUGGCAGGUGUGCCUUGCAUACUCUGGACAGUGCCAGGCCAGAGGAAGCAGGCCUGGUUAAUAAACCACAGACUGGCUGA